UCGGCCCGCAGCCGCCCCGGGCGGAGCGUCUCCAGCGCAGGCGAGAGCAGCCAGCCGCGGCCCGCCCGACCUCAGCGCCCGGCCCGCCAUGUCCUCCGCCAGGUUCGACUCCUCGGACCGCUCGGCCUGGUACAUGGGGCCCGUGUCUCGCCAGGAGGCGCAGACCCGGCUCCAGGGCCAGCGCCACGGCGUGUUCCUCGUCCGCGACUCGUCCACCUGCCCCGGGGACUACGUGCUGUCCGUGUCCGAGAACUCGCGGGUGUCCCACUACAUCAUCAACUCGCUGCCCAACCGCCGCUUCAAGAUCGGCGACCAGGAGUUCGACCACCUGCCGGCCCUGCUGGAGUUCUACAAGAUCCACUACCUGGACACCACCACGCUCAUCGAGCCGGCGCCCAGGUACCCCAGCCCGCCGGUGGGCUCUGUGUCCGCGCCCAGCCUGCCCACAGCGGAGGAGACCCUGGAGUACGUGCGGACUCUGUACGACUUCCCUGGAAACGACGCCGAGGACCUGCCCUUCAAGAAGGGCGAGAUCCUGGUGAUCAUCGAGAAGCCGGAGGAGCAGUGGUGGAGCGCCCGCAACAAGGAUGGCCGGGUGGGCAUGAUCCCCGUGCCCUACGUGGAGAAGCUCGUGCGGGCCUCGGCCCAGGGCAAGCCCGGGAACAGGAAUUCCAACAGCUACGGGGUCCCCGAGCCCGCCCACGCCUACGCGCAGCCGCAGACCAUGGCGCCCCCGCCGGCCGCUGGCGCCCCCGGGGCCACGGUCAGCCCCCUGCCGUCCACGCAGAACGGACCUGUCUUUGCGAAAGCAAUUCAGAAACGCGUGCCCUGUGCUUACGACAAGACCGCCCUGGCCUUAGAGGUGGGCGACAUCGUGAAGGUCACGAGGAUGAACAUCAACGGCCAGUGGGAGGGCGAGGUGAACGGGCGCAAGGGGCUCUUCCCCUUCACGCACGUCAAGAUCAUCGACCCCCAGAACCCGGACGAGAGCGAGUGACCGCCCCGCCCCGCGCCUGCUGCUCGUCCUGCCCGUCUGUGUCCUCCCGCUGGGGUAGCCCCCUCUGGGCAGGCCCGCGCCCAGCUUUGCAGCGGCGGCCCCGCCUGGGCGUGCUCGGGGCCGCCCGCAUUGUAUCAUAGUCGUGUUGUCACGGAGUAGCUGAUCGUAGAGUCGUUGGAUCACAAACUGGAAACACUGGUGGAGGGAAGCGCCCCUGCCCGGACACGCGGAGCGCGGGGCCCGUGCCCAGGGACAGCAGGGCGCGGGCCGUUCCGGAGGGGGCGCCGCCCCAGACUCUCCACUCUGGCUUCUGGUUUUUCUCUUUCUCCCCUCUGUUUGGUUUGGUUUUGGAAGGCUUCAUUAAUUAGACCUGUUUGUUCUGAAGAGGUGUUUAAGUAGCAGGUUGGGUUCUGUGAUGAGAUCAGGGAUGAGCUGCUGUCACCGCGGGAGCGCAGGGGACGGAGCCCCAAGGCCAGCUCGUCCUGUCUGGAGCCGACCGAGCAGCCCCCCAGUGGCCCUGCAUUUCCCCGCUGCGCACACAGCCUCCUGGACGACGUCGCAAAGGUGUCAGAGCCGGGGCCCACCCUGCCUGCCAGCAGAGGAGGAGCUUUCUGUGACGGCGCCCCCGGAAAGCGUGGGCCCCGGUUUUCUCAGCCGUUGUUGGAUUCACUCCCGAGUCUGCUGCCCGCUCACCGAGCCCAGCUCUGCCUGGCCUCACACUCGCCCGGCUGCCCUUAGGCAGCGGUGCCGAUGCCGGCUGCCCCCCACACGACUGCGUGCCGGCCCCGGGCGCGGGAGGUGAGCCAGCGCCGCCUGGCGGUCAGGUGUCCCCGUCGGGUACCUGAGGUCUGUUCACACGAUCUCCCGCAGCACACGGCCAGCUGGCCGGCGCCUCUGCGCAGCCCCUGCGCCCGCCCUGUGGACCCCGUGAAGACGGGCUCUGCUGGAACGCGCCCUGCAGCCCUGGGUGGGGUCGUAGCCUGAGAAGUGUUGCCCAACCCCGCGCACAUCUGCUGUGGCCGGGGUGCAACUCCAGGGUCAGGGGUCAUGAGGGUGGGCGCAGCGUCGCCGGCGUCGGGACCAGCAGGGCCCGCGCUCAGGCUCUCUGCGCGGCUCUGCGGUCGGGGGUGGCCGUCGCCUCGGGGUCUCGUGUGCUCACGCGGCCCUGUCCCUCUGGCUCUCUAAGAGGCUGUGUUGGGCUGCUCUUCAUCCCUGGGAGCCUCUGCUCCAGGCUGCCUGCCCCCGCCGCCUCCUGUUGGGAACCCAGGCGUUUCCUCGCCCGUGGCCAGUGGUGUGGCCGUGCCAGGACCCCUGCCCUCUGCCUGGGGCUGGCGUGCGCUGCGUCCUCAUCCUGGUUCUCGUCUGCAGCUGCCCCGAGAUUCAGAGCCCAGGCCGGACUGAGCCUUGAGCGCCGCGCUCUGGACGUGUGCCAAAGCAGGGCCUCUGUGACUCCGAACCUUGUUAGAUUUUUAAUCAGGGAAAUGUUUUUUCACACUAAGUAUACGGGAAACGGCCGCCCACCUCGCCUGGGCCCGGGUCCCGCGGGUCUGGGAAGACUGCGUCAGGAGGAGAGGAGUCCUCAGAGGCGCUGGCCCCCCAGGGCCACUCUGCAUUGCUGCUCGGCCCGCUCUGUGUCCCUUGGGAGGUGUGCGUGUUCCAGGCGCUCACGUGGAGGAGAGCAGAGCGUGUGCUGGAGGCACUGGCAAUGCGACCCUGAACUCACCCGGGGACGGGGUCUCCCCGUGACUCCUACCUGCUCUGCCCGGAGACAGCCGAGGACGGGGCCCCGCGGCCAGGCCUGGGGGGGCAGCAGCUGCCCCAAGCGCCUGACCCUCAGACUUGCUCCUCCAGCCGUUUACAUGCCGGCAGCCGAGACUGCAGCCACGUGCUUGGGCCGUGUGCUCAGAGGGCAUGAACAUCUCACUUGGAAAAGAGAUGCUGUCGUGCCAGGAGUUUAUAAUUUAAUCUUUUAAUAUUGUGUUCAUUAACCUCUUAAAACGAGUGAGUCCUGAGUGCUCUCACAUGGAGCCAGAGACACCCCCAAGCUCCCCCCCGGCCUCCAGUGCUGGGGCGGAGGCCCACAUCCCCAGGCCUGGGCGCGCCCGCGGCCGAGGGGCGUUCUCAGAGCCAGGCCGGGUCUCUGCAGGAGGAACAGUGGCCUCGCUUCUCGCCGGCCUUCACUGUGUGUUUUAAAGAGACAGCCACACAACACAGACUCUUUGACCUGUAACUUAAAGACCAGAAACUUCAGGCAAUAAUAUUUUCUGUGUAAGCUUUUAAAAUUAUUUUUGGGGAUCAUAGCUUGUUUUAUUUUGUGCUAUAAAAUUAACAGUAUUAAAUGACUUAUAUUCUUAGAA